GGUUUCCUGGGUGGUGGAGCCCACAAGAGCGGCGCACUAUCAACAUGGCGGCCGGGCUGCGGAAACGCGGCCGGGCGGGUUCUGGGUCUCAGGCAGCCGGACUCUGCCGGCAAUGGCUGCAGCGCGCCUGGCAAGAGCGGCGCCUACUGCUGCGGGAGCCGCGCUACACGCUGCUGGUGGCCGCCUGCCUCUGCCUGGCGGAGGUGGGCAUCACCUUCUGGGUCAUUCACAGGGUGGCAUACACAGAGAUCGACUGGAAAGCCUACAUGGCCCAGGUGGAAGGUGUCAUCAGUGGCACCUAUGACUAUACCCAACUUCGAGGUGAUACUGGACCACUUGUGUACCCAGCUGGUUUUGUGUAUAUCUUUAUGGGGCUAUACUAUGCCACUGGUAGGGGCACUGAUAUCCACAUGGCCCAGAACAUCUUUGCUGUGCUCUACCUGGCCACCUUGCUGCUUGUGUUCUUGAUCUACCACCAGACCUGCAAGGUACCUCCCUUCGUCUUUUUCUUCAUGUGCUGUGCCUCUUACCGUGUCCACUCCAUCUUUGUGCUUCGGCUCUUCAAUGACCCAGUGGCCAUGGUGCUGCUCUUCCUCAGUAUCAACCUCUUCCUGGCCCAGCGCUGGAGCUGGGGCUGCUGCUGUUUCAGCCUGGCAGUCUCUGUGAAGAUGAAUGUGCUGCUCUUCGCCCCUGGGUUACUAUUUCUUCUCCUCACACAGUUUGGUUUCCGUGGAGCUCUCCCCAAGCUGGGCAUCUGUGCUGGCCUUCAGGUGGUGCUGGGGCUACCCUUCUUGCUGGAGAACCCUAUUGGUUACCUAUCCCGCUCCUUUGACCUUGGCCGCCAGUUUUUGUUUCGCUGGACAGUGAACUGGCGCUUCCUCCCAGAGGCCCUCUUCCUGCAUCGUUCUUUCCACUUGGCCUUAUUGGCUGCCCACCUCACCCUGCUCUUGCUGUUUGCUGUCUGCAGGUGGCACAGCACAGGGGAAAGUAUCCUGUCACUGCUGAAGCAUCCCUCCAAAAGGAAGGUUCGACCCCAGCCCCUUACACCCAACCAGAUUGUUUCUACCCUCUUCACCUCCAACUUCAUUGGCAUCUGCUUCAGCCGCUCCCUCCACUACCAGUUUUACGUCUGGUAUUUCCACACACUGCCCUACCUCCUAUGGGCCACGCCUGCACGCUGGCUCACACACCUACUCAGGUUGCUGGUGCUGGGGCUCAUUGAGCUCUCCUGGAACACGUACCCAUCCACAUCCUACAGCUCUGCCGCCCUGCACAUAUGCCAUGCUGUCAUCCUACUGCAACUCUGGCUGGGGCCACAGGCUUUCCCCAAGAGCAUCCAGCAGAGCAAGAAAGUCUACUAAAAUCUUCCUUUUCCCCUCCAGUCCAUUCUUAGGACUUGAGUGGGAAGGACUCUGUGAUCUUCCAAAUAAACCUUGCCAAGUCUACCUCUGUGCAGCCUUCAUGGACAUAUGGGUAGCCAGUGCCUGGACCAAGCUGUCAGGAGGCAUUUACCGGGCAGAUGAAGAGUCACUCAA